UCGACAGAGCUCAAGGGGGGGGUGAAGAAGGGGCCGGCCUUCGAGCGACAGCGACGCAAGAUGGCAGCCACCACAGGCUCGGGAGUAAAAGUCCCUCGAAAUUUCCGACUGUUGGAAGAGCUGGAAGAAGGCCAGAAAGGAGUAGGCGACGGCACAGUUAGCUGGGGUCUAGAGGACGACGAAGACAUGACACUUACAAGAUGGACAGGGAUGAUAAUUGGGCCUCCAAGAGUAAGCACCAAGCCAUGACUACAACUGUCUUUGUCUUAAGUGCACUGUGCCUCCUUUUAAAGCAAUGGUCGCCUUGUGGGCAAAUGCUCACUAGCAGUGUUUUCUGAAAUGUGGCUGUUCUCUCUCUGGCCAGUUUCAGUUUAUACAUUUGAGCCCCUCUGGUGAGGUCUAACCCUCUUGGGUGAGUCGAUCCUGUACAGUCUGUAGUAUGAGUUUAUAUGACAGUGUAGACCUUUGAACUGGCACGUCUCAGGCUGAACAAGCUCUGAGCACCUGGGCUGCCAGCACACUCCUGAGGCAGCAGCCACCACUGCCCAGCUGUGCCCUGCUCGUCAGCUGAGCAUAGGUUCUGUUUCUGCCUGUCAGCGCUGCUGGGUCCAAAGGUAUUUUUAAAAGCCAGGACCUGUGAGAGCUCUGGUUUGUGAGGUCCUGGCCAGUUGUGUCUGAAUACAUAGUUAGCCCUCCAGAAGUGUAUUUAGUGCUGCAAGGUUGUUGUCAGGUCCUCCUACAAAGCCACAUUCCAGGUCACAGGUGGGGAAGCUGACCCAGGAGUAACGUCACCUGCCCUGGGUCUGGUUGCCAAGCCUGUGCUCUCUGCCUACUAGGCCACACUGACACGCUCCGCUGGAGAAGUUGAGUUUUCAUUGGUCAGCACUGGGGGGGGUAGAUGUACGUCUACUUCCUGGUGCAGGAGAGAAUUUGGCAGAAGGAAAGACCCUAGAAUGGGACACUCCUACAGAUGAGCACUGGAAGGUGUGGCCUGAAUGUGGCUAGACCUGUCUAGUGUGUUUGUGCCUAAGGGUGACAGCUUCCUUCCUUUUUAGCUUGAGCAAGGUGCUGCCUGUGCACUUUGGAGAUAGGAGGAGUCCAGAUGUAGGCAGCAGGAGCUGACACCUGCCUCAGGCUUGUUAGCAUUCAGAGGCUUGAAGUUCCUUUUAGAGGAUCAUUGAUACUGUUGGGGAAUGGCCAGCCUUGCACCUUACUGUGGCUUCCUAAGUCAUCUUCAUGAUUCUGUUGCCGGGUACAGAGA